ACAUGGAAUGUCAGUGGGAUGUCACAAAAUAACCAAACAUUGCCGAAAAAAGGAAAAACAUUAUUUAAUUGAUGCUUUUCUGCAUUAAAAUCGCGGAAUUUAGGGCACUAGCUGUAGCAGAAUUCAUUCUAAUUCGUUUGCAGUUGCUCUAAUCACAUCUAUAUAAGAAAACCAGUGAGAAAAGCGUGUAUUCUAAAUCAUUUUGUGUACGGCUUGAUUGAGGAUUCUGUUUUCGAAGCUACCAAUGGCUACCGACAUCAUCAAAGGGUACUCACAUCUGCAACAGGAGCUGAAUAAGGCUCGAGAUAAUCUCAAGGACUUGAAUGAGAACAUCCGGAAGAUAGUCGGGCGGGAUCCGUCGAAUACUGAACAGUAUAGCAGCGGUAACAGUUUCGGUGCCUAUUCGCGCAAUGAAGUACGCAAACGCAACUCAACCGGGUUUGAACCGGGCAGACGGAUGGACCAGGAGCGGCGCUUCUCCGACGUCGGUCACAAUCCACCGAAGCGUCGAGCCGUAGGAGAAACCAAAUCCGUAUUCAGUCGUCUAUCAGGUCCGCCGAAUCGUGACAUGGAGUAUGAAAAACCCAGAAUCUAUUCACGAGUCAUCAAGGAACAACCAACGAGACAGGAGAUAGUCGCCGCCCAGGGCAGCGACGAGCAGUCACGAGCUCGAAACCGACGCAUCUUUGGUUCUCUACUUGGCACGCUGCAGAAGUUUUCCCAGGAAGAAUCCCGACUCAAAUCGAAAGAGGAGAAGAAGGCCCAGAUCGAGAAGAAGUUAGAGGAACAACAAAAGAUUGAGCGAGAAAACAUGAGGAAAGAAAAACAAUGCCUCUACACCGAUCGUAAACGGCAACAGUUGGAGAUUCGCGCCCUUGAAACCAAGAUGAACAAAAUGAAGGAUCUCGAAGCCUGGGAGGAAAUGAAGAAGCCAUUGGCCAAUUUUAUCAAGACUAAAACGAAGCCGCAUAUUUACUAUCUUCCGAAGAAGAUGGACGCUAAAACGGAAAAAAGAUUAAAAGAAUGCCAAGAGGAGCAUGCAAAAAUGAUGGAACGGAAGCGCCAAGAAGUAAUGGACAGUAUCGCCACCAUAGAGGCUCGCCUCAAAGCGGACCUGAAGAACUUGGAGGAAAAUGCCAACCGCGAUCGAUCUGCUGGCCAAGACGAAACUCCAAAUAGCUCAAAAAUGGAUCGCAUGGCAGCAACGGAGGAAGAUGAAGACUACCAGGAAGACGACCACGCCAACAGCUCUUACGAUCAUGACGAACAUUCUGACGUAGCAGAAGGACCAGCCCUACCUUCGGCGUUGGUGACACCCAACUUUAAAAUUACAAUCCAUAACAAUGAAGUGAAGCAAGGUGAUAAAUCCGAGCCUUCUCCUAAGUUAAUGCGCUUAGUUGAUGGAACGGUUUCGUCUUCGAUGAACAUCGAUUCCACUGCGGACAGUGCUUCCUAUUUGACUCAGGGAGAAAACUUCCAGAUCACAUUCAAAACAGACCGCAAUUCUGAGUGAUCCAAACCGUUGCUUUACACUCCGUCAUCCCCUGUUGCAUAGAUCAAGCGAUGCCGAACAAGAAAAAGUCGAGUUUUGAUGCCAUUGAGAUGCAGUACAAUAUUUAAAAGAUCGACGCAGGUUCACUAUUGACAGAAUAUGUGUUUAAGAACACACAGAAAAACAAGUGCUUCACAGUAAAAUAGACAAAAACCAUCUAAAUCAUACCGGUAAAGCUAAGGCAUUGAUUGCCUUUGUGGAUGCAAUUUUUGAAACAGUGAAGGGCGAGAAAAGUUCUUUGCUCGAAUAGUAUACACUAAUUUGGUUUGUGCGAAAAAAAAACGUUUAAACAAAGAUAGUUUUUGUUUGUGUAUCAAAUCGAUGUACUCAAAAGUAGACAUACAAAGCAGAAAUUUCAAAAACACUAAUAAUAAUCAUAAAGUUAUCCUAAAACAUCCAAUAAAAUGAUAGCGUAUCCAA